AUGGGGCUGUGCAUAGAGUCCAUUGGGUAUGGACCGAUACGCAAGGCCCCAGCAUCGGUUUCGGCAUCAGAACUGAAAAAAUCAGAUCUGUGCAUCCCUACUCUGGAUGGACCAAUCCCAUGGAUCAAUCUGGAUUUGGAGGGUCCAAGAGGAUGUUCUCCUGUUCUUCUUCAUCCAUCAACUUCCAGAAGAAUGGACCACAGUGACAGAGCUCGUCCUCCUCCAUACAGCCCUGAGGCCUAUGGGCAGAACCAGAACCAGAACCAGUUCACUGGGAUGUCCUAUGAGGUGGGGAAGGGGAACGUUGUCGUGGUCUCGCCCCCUGGUUCCUACGACAACAUGGUCCAUCCUGAAGGUCAUCCAUCAGCCCCAGGAGGAGGCGGAGUCCAGGACUUCAGAGCUCCACCUGAUUACACCCUUGGUCUGGAGGACAGCGGCUUCAGCGACGGCGCCAUACGACGAGGUUUCAUCAGGAAAGUCUACCUGACACUGAUGAUCCAGCUCCUGGUGACGGUCGGGAUCAUCUGUGCUUUUCUGUAUUGGAGGACUCUGAGGAUCUGGAGCUGGCACCACCCCUGGUUCACCUACUCCAUGAUGGUUUCCACGCUCGUCCUCAUCAUGGUCUUAGCCUGCUGUGACAACGUACGGCGCAAAGUCCCUCUGAAUUUCAUCGCCCUGGGUCUGUUUACAAUCGUUGAAGGUCUAAUGCUCGGAUCUGUGGCAGCGCUUUUUGAGGCCGAAGCCGUCCUCUGGGCCAUCGGAGCCACGGCACUCGUCGCCUUCUCCCUCACGCUGUUCGCAAUGCAGUCAAAGUGGGACUUCACCAUGGCGAGCGGCGCCCUCUGGGUUUUCGCCUGGACUCUGUUUUCAUUCGCUCUGCUCUGUGCCAUUCUUCGAACAGAGUUUGUCUACAUCACCUACGCCUGUCUGGGAACGCUGCUGUUUUCACUGUACCUGGUGUUCGACACUCAGCUCAUCCUGGGUGGAAAACACAGGAAGUACGAGAUUUCUCCAGAGGAGUACGUCUUCGCUGCUCUGAGCCUGUAUCUGGACAUCGUGUCGCUGUUCCUCCUCCUGUUGCAGCUCAUCGGACUCUGUCGCUGA